AUGCCUAAGAUUACUCCAUUUCGAAUCGCAGUCUUCCUAAUCACUUCUUAUUUGUUUCUCGUGCUACUAUGGGUGGCUCUACCUUCGCCGCCUGUUGCCUGGAAAGAUAACCCUUCUGCGUAUCUUUGGGAUGGAGGGACGGUGACACGAGUCUACGACAUUGACGAUUUCUUCCCAUAUUACGACCAACUCUCCUCCGUUCAAGAGGCCAGAUACACUGGACGCAACUCGUUCGCAAUCGAUUACAGAUACUUCUCCGACAGUAGCGUGGUGGCCAUUGGUGAUGACUCCCUCGGUACAUUCUUUUUUAACCUGACGAACAUUCUGUCCCUUUCCCCUUCCUUACCGCCGAUUUUUCCUAUUCCGACAACGCUCCCUGUCAAGACUGGUGACCAAGAUGGGAUCAAUCCGCCAUGGUUCACUCGGGCCGACGCUACACUGCUGUUCUGGGAAAUCCAUCGUGAUAUCUCCAGGAUUCCGCUCCGAAUAAGCCUUUCCGACAAUAAUACGGUACAAAUUUGGCCAGAUUCACGUCUUUUGGACGGAGAUGUCCAUGAGAACGAGGACGAGGACGACUCAACACUUGCAGAAACCUGUCUUUCGCCUCUUAUCACCUUCAGCCUUUCCACAGACAUCUCAAAUCCAAGCCCAAUGCCUGCCUUCCGGGUAGAAUUUCCCAUGCACAAAUUCAACUCCUCGCCAUCACGCAGUCUUGCCUUUCGCCGCGCCAUCUCCGCCUUAAUGGUACCCGUGGGCCUCUUCAUAAACAACUACAUCCUCCCGGUCAUCACCCCGCCGAUCAUGAUCAUCGUUGCUACUACUGUUACUCUCAUUUACGUCGUUGCACUGUAUGUGCUUCUUGUCCUUACAUGUUGGUCUUCUGACCGUUUCCCUCCGUUCUGGCCUUGGACGAGAAGAUUCUGGCUGACACGCGGAUUGACAUCAUAUCUGGGACCGAAAUUGAUAUCGUCAACCGACUCAGAAGAUGGCAUGUCACUCUCUAGAUCGGACCGGGGUGGCGGAAGCAAGGAAAUGAGCAGUGACGAAGCCCGUCCUAGCCCCAAGCCCUUGCAAAGUUUCUGGGGCUUUUUUACUAGCAGUUCCCCGCUGGAUGAUCUUUUCGCUACAUACGAAGUGACCAGGCCUUUUAUUCAGCCGAUAAGUCUGAGGUUCAAACGAAAUUGGCCACAGGACGAAGAAGGACAAGGUGAUAUAGUCUCCCCAGCGGAAGCUAAGCCUGACGCGGGGUUUUCAAAUGCCCGUCAUAUCGAUGACUCUGGAUAG